AUGCCGGUAAGGAGGAAUUCGGGGUCCGCCGGGACAAAGAAAAGUGUGGAGGAUUGUGCUUCCCAGUCCCAAGCUGAACAGGUGAAUUUUCCUCAUGCCAACGGUCUGUUGCAGAAGUUGCUGAUAGACCUUGGCUUCACUGAAACUGCCAAAACACUGGAGGAGGAAAGUUGCCGACGACUGCAGAGUUCUGCUUGCCCUACUACGGAGCAUCUAAAAUCCUCUGGCAAUGGAGCACAACCUUUGAAUUUGGACCGUUCAGAAAACAAGGCUUCCAACAGCAAUUUGAAGGAGGCCAGAACCAUGUGGCACAACGGGAAGGAGGGCAGCGGCAACUCAGCAUGUGCAGCAGACAACGUGGAAAGUGAGUCAGAGAAGCAACCGCCUCCUUUGUAUACAGAUGUGUCUAGAAUGGCGCUCUUUCGCAUUCUCAUGCAUCAAAACAGUGAGGAGGGGGAUGAAGUAACCAAUGUGGGUGCCCUUCAAGAGCUCUGCCGUUUCGGCAUCGCUCCUCUCAGGUGGGACACGAGCCAGCACGCCCCUCUCAUGGAGGGAAACUGCAAUAAGGACACGAACCACAAUGGUCUCGGGGAGUUGAUUGCUUUGACACCUUACUUGCGGAAACUCUUUAACCUCUUUUUGACUCUUGAUAACUCUUCAACGGAGCAUAGGGAGGAAGCAAGUAGGACCAAGUCAGUGGAUAUCUUGCCUUUGGAAUGGGCAUCCCUUUUGGAGGUAUUUUUUGCCUACGUUGAAGUGUUGUGGGCACAGGUGUAUCUUGUAGAGGUCGUAUCUUGGGCAGACUUUACAUCUCAAGGAUGGCUUCAUCAUCGGGACAGUAUUUUGGAGCGCCUUUCCAUGUUGCAUGAGAAACUUCAACGGCUAUUGCUUGAUGCCCAUCAGGUAGAAGUUAAUAGUCAUAUGUUCGAGCAUUCUGCUCCUUGCCAGGGUAAAAAUCAACAGGCAGGUGGGUUGCCUUCUCCAGAAGACAUUAAAACUGGCCUGUCACUCUCGUACGCAUCUGCGCGCGAGGGAGCAGUCUCACUCAAGGAGAUGCGCAGCGGGAUUAUUGAAUUGUUUUGCCGUGGUGCACCCAUCUUGAGGAAAAAUAUAGAGGACGUCUCUACGUGGAUCAUAAGCCACUGUGAGCAUCAAAAUAAAGGGCACCACUCAUAUGAUUUUUUGGACGGAGGAGUGAACGAAGCUAUUGCCGUCACGGAAAGUGUUGACGCGUCUCCUUCAGAGGCAAAGGCAGAGGUGGAAGGAGACGGUUUGGCGCGUAAGUCGUGGCAGAGGCUCAUGGAUGUGGUGCGGCAUGCAGUCCUUAGGGAAGGAGAAGAAGUGCCGGAGUCACCUUGCCACACAGCGGAAAAUUUAUCGGUGCCUAACCCCAGACUUUGCUGGGCACAGAUGUUUCUUAGAAUACAACUACUUGCCUGGGUUGUUGGCUCUCUUGCUGAAUUUUCGGACGUAUUCCUGCAGCACCUUCAGAUGUCUACGGAAAGUACAACCUGUGAGGCCAAGAGAACUCCACGAAGGGGAAGUCAUGAAGUUUGUCAGAGGUCGCCUACUGUCUCAGCUUCGUUGGGAUUUUGGUACCAAAACUGCGCGGCGCAGAUUUCGAAGUUGAACGAUGCAAACCAAGGAAAUUGCAAGGGUUCCAUGCCAAUUGCUGAUAAGGGAAAAGAGGAAAACUCAUUUUCGCGUCUCCCAUGCUCGCGUAGUACCAAGGAAGCAAAAGAAAAUGAUAACAUUGGGUCUACGUUUGUGAAUACAUUCAAGAGAGCUGCACACGAAUUCCUCGUGGGUGCACCAACGUCAAGUGCACCACUCCGUCUUUCACUUGUGGGGAAUGGAUUGCAGCAUGAAACGGGUGAAACUUUGUCGAACCGUAAGGAAAUUCAUGGAGGAACGCAUUCAUGCACAAUUGGAAAUUACGACAGUGAUAUUAACAUGGUUAUUUUGGGUGCGUUGGCGACCGGACAGCCAUAUCACGUGAGUCGUGCUUCCACGCCACGACGUGUUCCACUGUAUUUUCUACUAAAGAGAAUUCUGCGUGCACCAAAAGUUCUCUUGGAUCUUCAGAACGAGCGGGUGCAUAUGGAUAUCCAACUGGGAUCUAUGGAAAACCCGGCGGUACACAGGCUUUUGGUUAAUUUUCAAGGAAAUGGCAGGGCAAAAAAAGGUCUUCGCAACGGAAGCUGCGGGGAACAAACUCAGAGUCAAGAGGCAAGGAAUGAGCCUGCCGCAGUGAGGACCUAUGAAGGGGACAUCUCUGUAUCAGGCGAAGCUACUUCAGCCACCGCAGACCCACCUCGGACCCUCUCAGAUGGCACUGGGAUUGGUGUUGAUAUGUCAGGUGCGAUGGAGGAACCUGCUGCGUCGACCGUGCCGCCCAUUCCUUCUUUUCAGGUUCAGCUUCAAUCGCUGAUGGACCGUAUGAUUCAUCAGACGGGUGAAGUGACCCAGUCCGAAGAGAGCACCUCCAUUGAAUCCGAUGAAGAUGGCGUGAGUUCAACGGACAACAACCUUGAUCGUCCAAUAGAUGUGGUGUUGAAUGAAGUACAGAUUGUUGCUGUGACACCUUGUGGAUCUCUUUUGGCCCUUUUAACGACAAAGGGGAGAUUGGUUGUAUUUGCGCUUCGCACCGCAAAAAGUUUGCCUCAUACAUAUAUCAAUGAACAAUUGCAAGAAUCAUUUUGCGAGCAACGUGUCCUGGAUGUUGUUCUAGCGAAGGACUCGAAGGAACCCUACUGGUACGAGCAACUGGAGUCGUUUCUUGCGUUUUCUCCGUCCGGGCGCUUUCUUCUAUGCUCCGUGCAGAAUGCCCCACCGUAUGUACCAGAAGGUAGUGAGGCAAAUCGCUCUCAUCAUGCGACAACAGGUAAAGUUUUUCUUUACUCACUGCACUGUAGAGAAGAUAGUCUGUGUGAAUCAUCAGAUGUCUUAAACCCCUCUUUGUGUGGUGAUGAGGAUCGCCUCUACGGUGCAUUUCAGAUUCAUAAAACUCUCAUCACAGUCACACGUUGGUUGGAUCCUCGCUUUUGGCGAGGCACGUCGUCGUCGCCGUCGCGUAUUUGUCCCCUUCCAGUGGACAGUCCUUUGUGGAAAGGAGAAGCGCAUCGGCGCCUCUCUGCACUUCAGUGUCUUUCUUCUGGUAGGGAUAACCUCAUUCUUCGUUGGUUACCCGCAGAUGGAUCGAUUAUCCAGCGCAUCGACACUCUUCCUGUAUUUGAUAUCCUGGUCUCGCCUUUGAUGCAGGCAUUUUACACCAUUAACCAAUGUGGGCAGCUUUCUAUGUACGAUGCCUGGAAUGAGCGUGACGUUGAAAAUGCAAAGGACAAUGUGGUCGUCGUCUCCCAGCGUGGACUCCCUGCCGCACUCGCCGCAUUGCAAUCGCCUGCUGAACUACGGGAUGGUAAUUUCAUGCAAAACUCAGCGUAUUCUAGCAAAGAUGGGGAAAUACAGGAUGCUUUUUUUGUGGGGACUCGCAGAAUUGGUUUUGAUCGCCGUUGCUUGGCGGGUGGUCGAACGGGACGUGAAUCUGCAGUGUCGCGAAUGUCAAAGCUUGUGCAGGAGAGUGGAGUUCCAGCGGGGACCGAGACGAAACGGGGAAGUAAGUUGGGUCGUCGUAUCGUGCAGCAGGUCCUGCACCAGGAAGGAGAUUACCUUGGUCCACAUACGCUGGCUGUGUUGGAGCCUUCCUCCGGCUCUGAGAUGGACAAUGAUCAUGAAGAUAUCGAUGAUGAGGAGGGCGAAGCUACCGGAGUUUACAGAAACCGCCGUCAAGGAGGUGCGAACAGGGACAUGGAUGAUGGAUCCAAUCCCAUCUCCUUUUUUCGUCCACGUCAUUCUCAGGGUGAGAGGAAGAAGACAUCGACGCUUCAUGGAGAGUCACAGAGGUACAAUAAUGCUGCUUCUCUCGCUGGAGAGGCCGUUCUCUACCGUACAGGGUCUCGUUUAGUUUUUGAAGAAGUUUCACAGUUAUUGUGCCACACCGUGAGUCUUUGGCCAGAUGUUCAGAAAACCAGAUAUGCCUCGCCGCCGCAGCCCUAUCAGCUACUUAGUAUGGCAGCCUCCGGCAAUCCGGUUUGGAGUGAUGCAGACGAUGAAAACUCCUUGACUUGUGAUGAGUUUAUUUUCCGUGAAAAGUCCUGGACGUCAUCAAGUGCAUCAUCCACACUUAGUUAUUACACUGACGCAUGCAAAACGUGGGCAAAGCAAGGUCACGGUAACGGCCACAUCACCAACAAUACCGGUCGAAGAUAUCAUAGAAAAACUGGCACUUCGUCUCAGAAUAUAGUAAACGGGGGUGGAAGUUACAACACAAUAAAUAAUCAUCCUAAGCCAAAAUGGAAUGUUGGGUUGUCGCCCGUUGCCCAAAACGGUCGCUACUUGUGUAUUAUGGCCUCUGUUGGGCCAAGUCGAGUCAAUGUUCCAUAUGAACGUCCUCUCGAAUAUCGUGCAGGCAUAUAUGCUUGUAUGGUGUUUGAUGUGCUCUACGGUAGUGUUCUGCGUGUCAUUCCUGUAUGUCCAGUACUUCCACGAGCGACGCUUACAGAGAAUGGUGUCUCACAAUUUCAUUCCCACAGGAAGCGGGCCCCAAUCUACAUGUUGCCGUGCGCUGUCACAGUUGUGAGGCAUCCAGAUCGGCGUCGAUCAGAGGCACCUUCACCUUCACUGUCAGUAUCUGGACGCGUGAGUUGUGGUCCAGCUGGAGGCACGCCAAGUUUACGCUUCCGGCGUCAUGUGCAAGCGGAUCAGGAAGGAGAGGAGGCAAAGGAAGAGGAGGAAGCGAUGGGGAAUAACUAUACCAGCGACCAUGAUAAUUUCAACAGUGUCAAUGGUGAUGAUGACGAUUCAAUGGUGCUUGUCGCAGUUGGUGCGCUUCAUAGCACAACGUACGUUUUUGAUGCCUUAACAGGGUCUCGUGUGAAGGUGUUGAAUCUGCGAAAGCAGGUAAAUUCAAACAACAAUUCAACUUCCCUCAGAACUCGGCCCCCAACUAAACGAACACGCUGCUCUUACUUUUCCCUGGGUGACCUUGGUGGCUUAAGUGGUCGUCCUUCACAUGGGGAUAACGGAGCGAGCGAUGACGACGACGACGACGACAACCAGCGAAAUCAAACGGAUGAUGCAAGUAGUACAACCUCCAGCGAGUUACCCUCGCCACGCAAUGACGAUCAGUAUAGUCUUCAACGUCAAUUACUGCUGAGUCAAUUGGCGGAAAGGCAUGGAAUGGACACCCUGUUGAAGGCUGUGACAAAGUUGUUGCGGGUUGUUCCUAUUCCCUUCCCUCCAUUCUGUGCGACACUCCAGGAAGACGGCACCCGGCGUCUUCGAGAAGAUGUGGAAAGCAACGGCUGCAGACGACGGCAAAGCUGUCUUUGUGGUGGUAGUUCAACUAUUGCCACUUCUUUUUCCUCUUCGUUUUCCAUACCAUUAUCGGCAGCGGUGUCGCCCUGCUUCUCAUUUUUGGGUCAGCUGCAGUUGGCAGCUAGGGGCGUUUCUGGGGGGAAUGGUUUUCACUCUGGCGUCGCCCGCUCCAAUGGUGAGGGGAAAGCCAGUAGCACUAUUCCUUUUUACGAUGUGCCUUUCGCCCAUGCUGCCCAGAAAGAACUGCGUCAAGUCUUGUCUUUGAACGAGACCCCACCGCCUGUAGAAGAGAACGGAGUCCUUUCUACAGGCGGUGCCGCCGGUGCAGCUUUGGCUAUGGCGGCGACGAUUCCCAUGAGACCCACAACAAAGCCGCAGAAACGAUUCCGUUGCGGUGUUGUGAAUAGCGUUGCGUUGCUGUACGACCAUGCAAAGGGUGGUGUGUUUGUGUUUUCCAGUGACGAGUACGGUGGCCUGUUUCUGGCGGGCGGCGUGAUUCCGCCGCGUGUCUAA